UGGAGGAGGAGCAUCAUGACAAACCUGGAGAAAACCCUUUGAGUCGCUCAAAGAAUAAUAAAACCAUUUUAAAGAAAAGAAAAGCCAAUAAAUCUUUAACCUGCACUCAGUGUAGAAAGAGUCUCUCAACCAAACAAAGUCUCGAGCGUCACAUUAGAGUUCAUACCGGAGAGAAACCAUUUACGUGUGAUCAGUGCGGAAAGAGUUUCACAUCCAAAUUAUAUCUUGAAUGUCACUGGAGAGUUCACACCGGAGAAAAGCCGUUCACAUGUGAUCAGUGCGGGAAGAGUUUCCUACACAAACAAAGUUUUAAGCGUCACAUGGAAAGUCACACUGGAAAGAAGCUGUUCACGUGUGAUCAGUGCGGAUAUGAAUUCACAGAAAAAGCCAACCUUAAGAAACACAUGAUAAUCCACACUAGAGAAAAGCCGUUCACCUGUGAUCAGUGCGGGAAGUGUUUCUCAUACAAAACUGCUCUCGUGUCUCACAUGAUCGUUCACACCGAUGAGAAGCCGUUCACCUGUGAUCAGUGCGGGAAGAGAUUUAAAACAAAAAACAGCCUCGAGCUUCACAGGAGAGUUCACACUGGAGAAAAGCCGUUCACGUGUGAUCAGUGCGGGAAGAGUUUCAGACAACAAGGAAACCUUAAUGGACACAUGAGAGUUCACACCGGAGAGAAGCCAUUCCCAUGUGAUCAGUGCGGGAAGAGUUUCUCACACAAAACAAGUCUUGAGUGUCACUUAAGGGUUCACACCGGAGAGAAGCCGUUCACAUGUACUCAAUGUGGAAAUAAAUUCACUGGAAGUGGAGCCCUUAAAAAACACAUGACAAUCCACACUGGAGAAAAACCGUUCUCAUGUGAUCAGUGCGGGAAGAGUUUCUCAAACAAACAAUGUCUUAAGCUUCACAUGAGAUUUCACACUGGAGAGAAGCCGUUCACGUGUAAUCAGUGCGGGAAGAGCUUUACACAAUCAACAAACCUUCGAGUACACAUGAGAAUUCACACAGGAGAGAAGCCGUACUCAUGUGUUAUAUGUGAAAAGAGAUUCACACACACAAAUACUCUCGAGUUACACAUGAGGAUCCACUCCGGAGUGAAGCCGUUUAUGUGCGAUCAGUGUGAAAAGAGAUUCUCAAACAAAAAUAGUCUUGAGGUUCACAUGAGAGUUCACUCUGGAGAGAAGCCGUUCACGUGUGUUCAGUGCGGGAAGAGCUUCAGACAAAAACCACACCUUAAAGCACACAUGCAGAUCCACACCGGAGAGAAGCCGUUCACUUGUGAUCAGUGCGGGAAGAGUUUUAGAAGCAGACCUCAUCUUCAUGUUCACACGAGUACCCACAACGGAGAGAAGAAACACAAGUGUGAUCAGUGCGGCCAAACAUUUCUUAGGUCAUCAAGCCUGAAGUCACACCUGACAGUUCAUACCAAGGAGAAACCACAUUCCUGUUCUGUAUGUGGAAAGAGUUUUUCUCAGCUACAGAGUUUACAUUUACAUGAGAAAAUACACACUGGUGUGAGAGAGCACAUGUGCUUUGAGUGUGACAAGACUUUUACUACAGCGAGACAAUUAAAACUGCACCAGAGAGUUCACACUGGAGAGAAACCUCACAAGUGUUCACACUGUGACAAGAGAUUCAUUUAGUUAGGAAAUCUGAAAAGACAUGAGAAGACCCACAGCAGAGAGAAACCGCAUACCACGUGUGAUCAGUGCGGAAAGACUUUCUCUUUUAAAAGUAAUCUGAAGCGACACAU